AUGCGCUUAACGGUGAGGCAGACCUUUAGAGCCUUGGCUAUUCUGUCGCUGAUGGUUGGGAGCAUCACAUUGAUUGUCACUUCGGGUUUUUGGACGCUUGCAAGCAAAUACUCGGAUCCAAUCCGUGCUGAUGUACCGUUGUCAUCACUUGUGACGUGCAAUACACCGAGGGCAGCCAACGAACCUAGAAUUGCCAUUCUUUCGCUCUACUUGAAGGAAGAAAAGCUCUACGAACUCACUUGGCCAAAUCGAGUUUCGUAUGCCGACCGACACGGUUACUUGACAAUCGAUGCUACGAGCUACCAAGAAAUUCAAACACACAAGGAAUUCACCGCCAUUGAUCCGCAGUACUUGAAGCUUCUCGCAAUAACGAGAGCCUUACAAGAUGGGGAUUGCAAAGAGAUUGAUUGGAUAAUGUGGAUGGAUGCCGAUGCAUUCUUUUUGAACCACUCGCAACGUCUCGAAACUCACAUUGAUGAGCAUUACGACCUUGUUCUUAACGCAAUGGGCAAGCCUCCAGAUGACGUCUACGCUGUAAAUAACGGAAUCAUGUUUAUAAAGAAUUCGCCAUUCAGUCUGCAGUUUUUCACGGCUAUGUGGGAAUAUGUAGAUAUGUAUACGAACUCGAAGCAAUGCACAAAGGACCAAUUGGGUCAUGAUGUAAAUGGAUCACAUCCGAUGGGAAGAUAUAGGGAUCAAGCUCUUUGUGAUCUUGGAAACAUUAUAUGGCAUGAUCAAGGUCUUCUCAUGAUUACGUUACGAGCCAUUCCGGCAUCACUAAAGGAAUGGGAAGACGUAGAUUCUAAGGGAACUGUCUUUUGUCAUGCCAAAUUUACCCCUACACGAGACUUCAACUCGUGUUUAGACUGGUAUCAACCCGGUGACCUGGUUUUACAUUUCGCAGGUAUUGUAUUCUCAAAAGGUUGGCAGCCUGAGCAACGGUAUUCAGCAAUUGAAGCGUUCUUUGGGUCGACCAAUUUUGAGACUGGUGAAGUUGAUUGGGAGAAUGCCGUCAAUUUGAAGCCCACAUUCAUGACGUACUGCCACAAUCAAUUCACUCCAGUCGCAAAGGUGGCUGGUCCUACUCCAGGCCUUGUCGCCAAAUACACUAGAGAACGGCAAUGGGUCGGCUACGCAGAAAUGGCUUCAGCUGUCUCUAACGCUGGCGGUUUGGGUGUCUUGACUGCUUUGACCCAACCCACACCUGAACAUCUCCGUCAAGAAAUUAAACGAUGCCGAUCUAUGUUGAAGGACCCAAAGACCCCAUUCGGUGUCAACUUGACCAUCCUCCCAGCCAUCACUCCCCCACCUUACGCUAAAUACGUUGAUGUCAUCAUCGAAGAAGGCAUCAAGGUUGUUGAAACUGCCGGUAACAACCCAGCUGAAUUCAUCAAGCGAUUCAAGGCUGCAAACAUCAAGAUCUUGCACAAAUGUACCGCCAUUCGUCACUGUUUGUCGGCGCAACGUAACGGUGUAGACUGGCUCUCAGUCGACGGUUUCGAGUGUGCUGGUCACCCUGGUGAAGACGAUAUCACCAACUUGAUCUUGUUGCCCAAGGCUGCCAAGGUCUUGAAGAUCCCCUUCAUCGCUUCCGGUGGAUUCGGUGAUGGUCGUGGUUUGGCCGCUGCUUUGGCUAUGGGUGCUGAAGGAGUUAACAUGGGUACCCGAUUCAUGGCUACCAAGGAAGCUCCCAUCCACGAAAACGUCAAGAAGGCAAUGGUUGCUGCUACUGAACGCGACACUAACUUGAUGUUCCGUACCAUGCACAACACUGCUCGUGUCUUCAAGAACAAGGUCUCUAACGAAGUCGUCGCUAUUGAACGUAAAGGCAAUGCCAAGUUCGCAGACGUCCAACACUUGGUCGCUGGUGUUCGUGGCAAGCAAGUGUACGAGAACGGUGAUGUCGACUACGGUGUUUGGUCUGCUGGUCAAGUCCUCGGACUCAUAGAUGAUAUUCCUUCUUGCGAGGCCUUACUCACCCGUAUGGUCGCUGAAGCCGAAGACAUCAUUAAGGGUCGUUUGGCGCGAAUGACUGCCCGUCUUUGA